AUGUCAUUGGACGGCCUGAAGAAGCUUGACGAUCCGAACAUAGAAAAGCUGGACGACCAGGCAGCGGGUUGGCUGUAUAUGAUGCGCAGACCGGAGGAAGAAGACCUGAAAGAUUUGCUGGAGCAGUCGGCAUUCGCCCCGCUCAUUGAACAUGCAUAUCAUCGCAAGUUUGCGCGGACUUCGAAAGGAUACUACUGCCUUGCGCCAAGCGGCGCGCGGGAAGGAGAUCUGGUUGCGCUGCUGGAGGGUGGUGAUGUGCCCUUCAUUAUUCGCGAAUAUGGAGAGCAGUGGUUGAUUGUGGGCGAAUGCUACGUGCAUGGUAUUAUGAAUGGUGAAGCGUAUGAUGCCGCUCGGUGUCGCGGGUUCCGUUUCCGCUAG